CAAGCAGGACCUCAGCAUUUUUCCUUUUUAUUACAAAUGGAGAAACAUGAAGAUGUUCAAUACUGUUUUCAAGACGGAAACUCUUCUUGCAGAAAGGCUUUGCUAUCGACAUCUAUCCACAUAACACUGUACAUCUUCUUCUCAUUGAUUUCAGCAGUUACAGUAUUUUUGAACGUACUGGUGAUCAUCUCCAUCUCUCAUUUCAAGCAGCUCCACACUCCAACCAACCUGCUCAUUUUCUCUCUGGCUGUGUCAGAUCUCCUGGUUGGACUGAUUGUGAUACCAGUAGUGACUGUAGCAAUAAUGGAAUCAUGCUGGGGUUUUGGGGAAUAUUUCUGUGCGUUUCAAUUCUACAUCGCUUUUUUAUGUACUUCUUUAUCUCUGGGUAAUUUGGUCCUUAUAUCUAUUGACCGCUAUGUUGCUGUGUGUAAUCCCUUAUUGUACCACUCUAGAAUAACAAUAAGAAGAAUGAUGUGUUUUAUUUCCAUUACCUGGUGGUGUUGUAUAAUAUAUGAUGCUGUCAUUACAAAAAACUUUGUAAAUGUGCAGGUACCCAGUAGGUGUUUGAAAGAAUGUUUUAUUGUUGAAGGAAAAACCUGGGUUAAUAACAUAAUUGACAUUGUAAUUACAAUGGUUGUCCCGUGUUCUAUUAUUAUAACACUUUAUUUGAAAAUCUUUGUGGUGGCCAGAUCACAGGCUAGAAAGCUAUUUUCAAAAGAGGCUGUCAGUGUGUCUGGUGUUAAAACUGUACAGGCAAAUAAGUCUGAGAGAAAAGCAGCAAAAACUCUCUCUAUUGUUGUUUUCAACUAUCUCAUUUGUUGGAUUCCAUCUCUAUUUCCUUUCCUUUUUGUAUCUUUUUUAAGUGAAAAUGUUUUAACCUUUAUCAUCAGCUUUCUGCCACUUGUUAAUUCCUUAAUUAAUCCAAUAAUUUAUGCUUUCUUUUAUCCUUGGUUCAAAGUGACAGCUAAACUUAUUUUAACUCUGAAGUUAAGGCGUUCAUAGUUCCUACGUUUUAUUCCAACAUUUGAGUAACAUAGAUUUGCCAUAGUUAUGUAAUACAAUUGUUGUAAUUGCUUCUUUCAUGUAACAAUACACGGACGUAACUUAACUCAGUGUUUUCAUCAUAGGUACAUUUGGUGUUGAUACAGAAUGAUUUGGCUGGAUUGAAUUGGAAUGACUUGGAAAAGGCAUAAGAAUGCAUAAGCUUUUUUUAUUUUUAUAAAAGACAUUGUAGACAUUUUGGGUUGUAUAUUCCAAAUACCAAAGCCUGUGUUUGUCUCCUCAGGAGGAGGUUAGGAGUCAUUCUAUAUCUUGUUUAACAUCACCAUCUAGUGGCUGAAUUGGGACACAAUGCCUUUAACAAGUGUACUGAAGUUGAAUUGUUCAAUAUUGCACAAUAUCAGAUAAUGUCCAAGU